CUAGGGCCGCUAUAAAUAUCGGACAAAGCUCAACGUCGUCUCCUAGAGCCGGAGGCGGACGAGAGGAGGGUCGUGGCGCCCGCGGCGGCGGCAGAGGAGGAGGUGGAGGAGGAGGGAAGCGAAGGAUCCCGGAACGGACGAACGCCAUAUUCCAAGAGCAAUGGGUAAAGAAAUCAUGAAAGUGGCUACUGUUGAAAAAUCAAAUCGUGUUGUUGCUCGUGCAUCCAAGAGUAACUCUGAUCAAGCUAACGAUCUUCCUGGCGAACCUUCAGCAAUUAUAGAGUCAGAUGAAGCUAUUAAUGGUACACACACUGAUGAAAAUAAAGGGCAAGAAGUGCCUUAUCUUAGAAAUGUAAGUUUGGGUCGGGGACGGGACAUAGCAGUAUACAAGUAUAGUGCUCAGAAGAUAUUAAAUCAGAAGAAGCCAGCAGUAUCAAAGCCUGCUAAUGCUGGAAACCGCACUGUUCCUCAACCAUCAGCUGUUGCAACUGAAAAGCAUGUUUCAGGUGGAAAUCGUGCUUUUGGUGCUGAGGCAACUGCUAGUGGAGACAAAAAGGCUAGAGUAGAUGGCCGACAAUCAGCAAACAUCCUAAGAAAUGUUCAGAGUAAUUCACCUCUCAUCUCUGUGAAGCCUUUGCAACCUCAUGAUACAGUGCAACCAGACAAUGAGGAUUAUUGCUCAGUUGCUUCUUCUACUGCAGCAUCUGUAAGAACUUUAAAGGGCAAGACAACUGUGGCAGCUGCCCCUACUUUUAGAUGCAGUGAGCGUGCAGCAAAGCGGAAGGAGUUUUACUCCAAGUUAGAACAGAAACACCAGGCUAUGGAAGCAGAGAAAACACAAUCUGAAGCUAGGACGAGGGAAGAGAAAGAGGCAGCUCUGAAGGAAUUGAGGAAGAGUUUAGUUUUCAAAGCAAAUCCAAUGCCUAGCUUCUACCAUGAGGGUCCUCCUCCCAAGGUUGAACUAAAGAAGGUACCUCCGACGCGUGCUAUAUCACCCAAGUUCACUCGAAGAAAGAGCUACAGUGAUGCCAGUCCAGCUGGAGAAAACUGCAAUGGACUAUGCGGUCGAUUUCAUCGUCAUAGUCUGGGCACUAGCACGGAAGCCACCACCAUAAGGUUGCAGAACAGCCAUAAGAAUGUGAAAGGCAAACAAAGUCUCAAAUCCGAUAGAGAGAGUUCUAAAACCCUUUGUGUCAAGGUUACAGAUCAGACAAGAACUGGUGUCACCUUACAGACAUGAAGUGUGCUUUUACACGCAUAAAGCUUUAAGCUUAACUUGUAUCUUACAUCAAACAAUUGCUGUCAUCCUCCAUGUCAACAUGUAUGAUGCUGUAAAAUCUGUAAGUUAUAUGUGAUGCAUGUAACAACCUGAAACUUGAUUGGAACUGACUCAUCUUGUUCACUUGGUGAUAAUUUAUGUGAAAACCAUGAAUUGUAAGCAAAA